AUGCGUCGUGAGCUCAUCACCAUCAACAUUAUCAUCAUCAUCAUCAUCCUCAUCAUCAUCCUCACUAUCAUCACCAUCAUCAUCAUCCUCAUCAUCAUCCUCACUAUCAUCACCAUCAUCAUCAUCCUCAUCCUCCUCAUCAUCAUUAUCAUCACCACCAUCACCAUCAACAUUAUCAUCAUCAUCAUCCUCAUCAUCAUCCUCACUAUCAUCACCAUCAUCAUCAUCCUCAUCAUCAUCCUCACUAUCAUCACCAUCAUCAUCAUCAUCAUCCUCACUAUCAUCACCACCAUCAUCAUCAUCAUCAUCAUCAUCCUCACCAUUAUCAUCACCAUCCUCAUCCUCAUCAUCAUCAUCACCACCAUCACCAUCAACAUUAUCAUCACUAUCACCAUCACCAUCCUCAUCAUCAUCAUCCUCAUCAUCAUCAUCAUCCUCACUAUCAUCACCACCAUCAUCAUCAUCAUCAUCACCAUCAUCAUCAUCCUCAUCAUCAUCAUCCUCAUCAUCAACACCAUCACCACCAUCACCAUCACCAUUAUCAUCACCAUCCUCAUCAUCAUCAUCCUCAUCAUCAUCAUCAUCCUCACUAUCAUCACCACCACCAUCAUCAUCAUCAUCACCAUCAUCCUCAUCAUCAUCAUCCUCAUCACCAUCACCAUCAUCAUCACCACCAUCACCACCAUCACCAUUAUCAUCACCAUCCUCAUCCUCAUCAUCCUCAUCACCAUCACCAUCAUCAUCACCACCAUCACCAUCACCAUUAUCAUCACCAUCCUCAUCCUCCUCAUCAUCAUCAUCAUCACCACCAUCACCAUCAACAUUAUCAUCACUAUCACAUCACCAUCCUCAUCAUCAUCAUCCUCAUCAUCAUCAUCAUCAUCAUCACCACCAUCACCACCAUCACCAUCACCAUUAUCAUCACCAUCCUCAUCAUCACCACCAUCAUCACCACCAUCCUCAUCAUCACCAUCAUCACCACCAUCCUCAUCAUCACCACCACCAUCAUCAUCAUCAUCAUCAUCAUCACCACUAUCACCAUCAACAUUAUCAUCACUAUCACCAUCACCAUCCUCAUCAUCAUCAUCCUCAUCAUCAUCAUCAUCAUCCUCAUCAUCAUCAUCAUCCUCACUAUCAUCACCACCAUCAUCAUCAUCAUCACUAUCACCAUCACCAUCCUCAUCAUCAUCACCACCAUCACUAUCAUCAUCACCAUCAUCAUCAUCACCAUUACCACCACCAUCACCACUACAGGAGUCCAUCUUAACCUACAUUCUGGCCGUAAACAGAAAUACCGACUCGGGCUGCAGCUUCCUGCAGGGAAACCACGACCGUCUAAAUGUUAAAGCAGGAACAUUUCAUAUCCACCACGGGAAGAGUCGUUUCUAUCGCUGGUAUGCACAUAAAACAAAGCAGCGGGGACAAACCCGGGUCCUGACCUGCAGCCCUGCUGCUGCUGCUGCUGCUGCUGGUGCUGCUGCUGCUUCGGUGGGACAAAGAGCUGCUGAAGAAGCCAGAAAACGCAACAGUUACAUGUUGGUGAGAUCUCCACCACCAACGGGAUGUCCCCCUCUUCCAGCGCGCCUGAGCAUCCACUGCGUCUGCGGUCCGAACCCUCUGCCCUGCUGCCCUUGGAUCCGCAGCAGCCUCGGGAAGAUCCGCGCACGUUGGCGCUGA